AUGCACAUCUUGGAGAGCCCACUUGGCUCCAAUGUCAGGCCACAAGAGCCGACGGCGUUUCCUCGACGAGAUCCAAGGAUAGGGAGCCAAUUUCAGACCAAGAUUCUUCAAAACUGCACCAAAAACGAUGGGAGAAGACCACCUGAUCGCAUUUCGCACGAGCAUGUGUACUCAUACUGUUGUUACGACUCGAAGAUGGACUCCAAUGAAGACGACUCUACGGAGGAGCAGGCAGUCGCCAACUCCACCUCUAUGACAGCGACAAGGCCAAUUCCGGCUCCCUGUGACCUCGAAGCUAGCCUACAAACCGAAACUGUACCGCGCGGUGGACUCAAGGUCCACUCUCCCUCGACAGAAGCCCAUCGAUUUGCCCAGUCAGUCGAACCGAUGGUUCUGUCGUUGGCCUCGUCGUACACGGUGUCGAAUCCCACGACCACAAUUUUGAAAAAUUCUUCCCUUGAAACUACCGGUACAUCCAACAAUAAGAACUCACCCACUAAGGGAUAUACUUUUAAAGGUGGAAAUGAAACACCCGAAGGUUUCAUGGCAUCCUCCCAAAAUGAAGAUUGGAGAAAAGACGUUUUUUGGCAAAAAUACAUGCUCCAACUGCAAGGACGCGUCGCAGAUCGCUCCAAGAAGCGGAGGCCCCAACGCGGUGCCCGUAAGCGCAGACGCGGGAGUAAUACAUCAGAAGAUAGUACUGUGAGUGAUGGGGCUACAAGUGACAUGCCGGUCUGUUUGGAAGAAAUGGUGGAAGAACAGCAACUUAUUGCCCCACAGUUUGGAGAAGACAUGGCACAUUCCAUGGCAUUUUUGCACUACUAUCACAAUGGGAAUGCCAAAGCGGCCAAUAUGCGUUUGUUUACCAAUUUGACGGCUGGUAAAGCAUCCAAACGGCGAAAGCUGGUAAAACUGAAACGAUUGCAGCAAAAGAAGCUUCCGUCAAUCCAGUCUUCCGAAUCUUGGAGACGAGUGUACGAGCAGACGCAGUUAAUGUCCAUUAUCGAUCACUUGGAACAAACGGCAUCCAUUCCCUAUGCUUUGCAACAACAGCGUUUGCCACAAAAUCAAUCGACUGCCAAAGAGGGAUCCAAUGGAGAUGUAAUUAUGUUGGAUGCCGCUGAAACCAGCAAGGAUGACCUCAAGGAAGCAUGGACUUCCAUCCUGUCCAUUGGACGAUCCGUGAAGGACCAACUGGAUGGUUGGGAAACUGCUGGUAGCAAGACCAAGACUGAUAAAAAGAUCGCUUGCUCGGCACUAUUGGCGUUCAUCCGGAAUGCCUAUCGAUUGGAACCACCAGAAGUCUGCUUUGGAUCAAACCAUGUCAUGAUUGAAGAAGUCUCGUAUUGCCUGUUGGCCAUUUUGGAACAUAUUGAGAGUGCUCGGAGUGCCCAAGCGGAGAUUCGGGAUAAACUCUAUCAGGAGUCGAUCACUACUGGAUCGGAUUCAGAUGCCUUGCAAAAAUAUGUCCAAGAAUUGUGCAAGGUAUUGCCCAUACGAUUGGAUGAGGUAAGCUUGUUGGAAGAAUUUCGAGACGUUGUCAUAGAAUGGGAAGGCAAGCUGGCAUCCUCUCGGGAAACGACCAAUAAGGACGAUGAAGGGGGCGAUCUGGAAGCUGCUAAACAAAUGGCCCUGGAAGCAAGGUCGCACGGUUACGUGUCCAAAGAGAUGAUUGAUUUGCAGGUGAAGAUUGAGAAAUCAAGAGAACUCAAGCAAAAGAUACUAGAGUGGAAACAAUUGUGUGACGAAGGCAACGGAGGUACCAUGCGUACCGUCAGUGCCUUGGCCAAGGAAUUGAAGAAACUCAAACUCGACUUUGCCGAAAAGCGAGACUUUCUGGAGUUUUAUACUGUGGUUCAAAAUUGGUUGGACCGAACCAACAUUGCAAUUCGUUCGAGAAUGUCUUUCGUUGAAGUGCGGGCCCUCCUAACACAAGGAGCUGACUUUCCGCUGGACCUUGCAGAAUACGUUGGCAAAUUGAAAUCAAGGGUGUCUUCAGCAGAGGCCUGGCUCGAACGGCUGGAGGAUUUGGUACCUUGUCCCAAGACUGCUUCGGGAGAACAUGAUAUGUUGGAAUGGUCCAAAGGCAUGCGCUCAGCAUUGCACGACGGGCAACAAGGCUUGCUGCAAGAUAUGGUGUCUGACGGAAGCCGGAUGCCCGUAGAGGUGGAAGCCUUGAAGGUGCUCCAAGUGGAAAUUGAUGCCAAGAAUUGGAUCAGCAAGGCUCAAAAGUGGUUGCCAAUUAAUGAAGACAGCAAAAAGGGCAAGCUAGUCGACCUGAAGGAUCACAUUGAACGUGCCCAUAAUCUGCGUGAGCGAUUGACAUUCUCGGGAGAUAGAAAGUCAUCUUGGGAACUUAAAGGAGAGGCUGAGUUGACAGCGAUUGUGGAUGCUGCGGAUUCUUGGUUACAUCAAUACAAGCCAUUCGUGGACGGAGACAAUCGCCGAAACAAAAACCGUCGAUGCCUCUCAAUUUCCAAGCUACGCGAAAUUGUCGCAGAAGAGAAGGAAAUUUUUGCCAACCUUGGACCGGCUGCUGUCAAGAUGGCCCGCAUUCUAACGCAGGCGGAACAUUGGUACAAUGAACACCGGCCUUUGUUGCAACGGUGCAACUUGGAAGAGCGAAAUGAAAUUGCGACAAAGCCAAUUGUUGACCCGGCCGAGAUGAAGAAUGCAGUGCAGGCAGCAACUUCAUCUAUUUCUUUGGACUUGGAAGAAGCUAUGGCGUUGAAGAAACUUGCCGAGAGGAUACAACAUUGGUUCGGCCAAGUUGGAACAGUCGUAAAACCAAAGAGCAAGAAGCAGUACCAAAAGUUUACUGUUGAUGAGAUUCUCGAGCUCAUUAACGAAUCAACGACGCUUCCUAUCAACGUUGAGAACGAAGUCUUGGAACUGAGAUCCCAUCUGCGAGCUGUUGAGGAGUGGAAGAGUCAUGCCACAAAGGAUCUCGACGAGAUUGGGACAUCCUUUCUGAAGAUCCAAGAGAAAAUGAUAGCAGCGUAUGGCCCUCCGAGUAAAUUCAACAUUGACCUAUUGGUGAAGAACAGCGACUGGGGUGCUGAGAGUACUGGAAAUGAGUCCGAACAGAAGGAACCUCUGGAGGACAAUGGAGUAGAAUCUGCAACCAGUACUCUAGAAGCAUCGUCCACCAAGGAUGGUCCACCGGAUGUAAUUGCGCAACAUGAUUGCUCGGGGGAACGCACCACAAUUCAAAAGCUGCAAGCCGAAGCUCGUGACAUUGGUGUCGCGACAAUCGAGGCCGAACUAUUAGAUCUUUUCGAUGGAAUUUCAAAAUGGUGGUUACGAUCUUUGAAGUACCUCAAGUCUCCCCGUGAAGUCUUUGACAAGCGCUACUUUGGUGCCUUUGACCGCUUUACUGACGAUGGAGAUAGGCUUGUAUCCACAUGCACCACUUAUGAAAAGAAGUGUAUCGAUUCUGCAGAAGGAAGUUGUGAAUCGACCUGGAGCAACUUUGUUAUAGCCCAGCUGGAUCGAAUGAAGAUCCUCCGUUCUGAGCGAGCCAAGUUUGUCGCAUGGUGUGAUCAAGCGAAAGAGAUCUUGGCUGACGAGAAAAAGCUCACAUUGGAAAAACUCAAGAGUUUAGUGAAGAACAGCCAGAAAUUCCCUCCAUUGAAUGAUAUGGUGCAAGAGGUUCGAGUACUUGCAGAGGAAGUCUCAAAAUGGUCGGAGCAGGCGCGGCCGAUCAUACUUUCUGGGAAAAAGCUGGAUAUGCCCACGGCAAAGGCGCUUGUAGAGGCUGGCGAGAAAUUGAAGGUGAAUACCGAAGAGCUUCGCACCUUGAGGGCUGCGUUGAAAGCUGUCCGCAAAUGGGUAAACAGAGUAAAAAAAUGCGAUUUGGAUCAAGGAGAUACGAAGAUUUCUACUGUCACCGAUUUGAUCAAUGAGCAUGAAUCAUUGUUAAUUGAAAUGCCAGAUGAUUUGGCCCGGCUACAGCAAGCAACACAAGCGUACUGCAUAUGCAGACGGCCAUAUGAAGGCUUUAUGAUCGGCUGUGACGAGUGUGGGGAGUGGUAUCAUGGGCCAUGUAUUGGAGUUUCACAAGCUCGAGCAGAUCGAUUCGACAAAUUCGUCUGCGUCCGUUGCUCGAUGAAAAAUCUCUUCAAGAAUAGUGCUGUUGGUGCCGUUGACAUAACAAAGAAAUGGACAAGCCGCAAGUGCCUAAAGAAAGCAAGGCAGGUAGAGCAUCAAAAGCAUCAGCGAAAGGUUCGUAAAGAAACAAAGGAUAUGGAAAAGCUGCAGAAAAAACUAGAGAAACUGCGAGGGCAAAAGUCGCCGCAGAAAAACGCAUCCGAAAAUCCCAAAGCUAUCAACACAGUAGGAGGGAAUGCUAGUUCGGAUUUGACUGCUAAAAAACCAGCAGAUAAGUCUACUACAUUAGUUGCUGAUAAACCUGAUGAAACUCCAGCUGCAGCAGUUGCUGAUGAAACUCCAAAUGAAAAGAUGCCUGAUAAAGCUCCAGAAACGCCGGUUGGUACAGUUGUUGAUAAGCAAUCCGAAACCACGGUCCAAACAGUUGUCGACAAACCUGGUGAUACAGCAAGCGACAUGGUUUCUAAGAAAUCUGCUGAAGCACUGGCUGAAACAGUUGCUGAGAAAAUUGCCGAAACGCCAGCUGAAACACCUGCUGUUGAAGCACCCGUUGAAACACCAGCCGAAAAUGCUACUGGAAAGUCGUCCGACAAAGAUGAAGAACAUGAUACUAAAAAACCUGUAGAAGCGCACACGAAGGGCUCAGAGAAACCCCAAGAUGAAAUGCAAAGCGAAAUCGACAAGAUCAGCAAUACCAUGAGACAAAUUCAAGAAAGAUUGGUUGACCUCCAAAAUAAUCUGAAAGAACAGAAACAGAUGGAAGCUACGGAAGACAAAAAUGCCGAAAAAUUACGAAAGUGGUGCAUCAGAGUUAGGUCGUUUGUUCUCAUUCCUUCAAACGAUGAGUUUCGUGAGAAUGCUCGACCGCCUCUCGAUGGCAGUAUUUCCAAAAUGAUGGAAUCCGUAUUGUCAGAAGCAGAGUUCUUUGGUGUCGCGUCUCUCAAUGAUGUUGACGCCAUGAGAAACCUUUUCAAGUGCAUGUCUUGGAGUUUGCUCGGGCUAUCAAUCAUUAAUAGAAAGCCAACGCUCGAAGAAAUGAAAAUGCUAUUGUCAAGAGCGGCAGAACUCCGGCUCCCCGACGAAAAGGCUCUAAAGACGAUGAAGGUUAUGGUGCACAGAACGGAGCAAGUGAGAUGCAAGAUCGAGAAAAUUUUGGUCACUCGUCCAGGAGAGUCAAAACCGAUUAAGCAAUCUCUUUUGAAUGAACUUGUAGCUAGCUCCGAAUCCGUUGCACUGAUCAUUCCAGAGUCAAAAAGAAUUUAUGCUACAAUUGAGAAUAAAGGAAUCCCACCUGUUGUAGGCGAGGAAUCCGACAGCGAGUAUCAUGUCAACCACGGUUGCAUCUCUGCUCAUGGCCAUGAUCCAAGGAAACUUUGGCCACCUUUUGCAUUGUUCGGAUCACCGGAAGUAAUCGAAGUUCUUGGUGCAGAGUGCUCUUUGAUUCCCGAAGAUACUAGCGUGCUUGUUCGAGAAGAAUCCAAGGUCACCGUUGAUCAGCCGAAAGAGUGUACUGCGCAAGUGCAGUUGCAAUUACAAACCACAGCUCAUGCGACUGAAGUGACUUCAUCAUCUGUCCGAAUGAAGUCGUUGUCGCCCACUGUUGUCCAAAGCGAAGAGCAAAACACAACUGAAACACAAAGCCCUUCAAUGGAGGUAGAUAAACCAGUUUCUCCAACAUCAACACCCACUGAUAGAAAUGCAGUUCCAGUUGCGGAUACAAUAGUAUCAGAGGCAGCAGCUGGUCCAGAAGCACCGAUCGAGCGCGCUUCGCAGAAGACAGAGUCGCAACCCAUACCAGAGGCAGAUCCGCUGAUUAAUUCAACUAGCAUGUCGGAAAUUUCGGUGACAGAAGCCACUCCAAAGGUGACGGCAAGUAUAGCAGCAACUGUUGUGAAAGGUCAAACAGAAGACACUGAAAUGCUUGAUGUACAAGCCUCUGAUGCAAGUAAUGCAAGUGAAAUUGCACCUGCUGUAGCAGAAGAAGCACCGGCGGGAACUUCAAGCGAAAAGAGCUCUGCCACUACGGGCGGAGCUUCCCCUUCAUCAGCAAAUGGACCUCCUCCACCGGUUCCAGCAAACGAAGAAGCGGCCGGACAAGAGGCCCAAGACCCGCCAAUUUCAGCAGCAAGUGAAUCCGCGCCUGCUACUACUAGCGAGGCACCAAGGGUUGUAUCGAAUGAAGUAUCAGCAAUGGCAGGAAGGAAAAACCAUGAUGCCGCUGCUAGCGAAAUUGCGAUUGCUGCCGCAAGAGAUCGUUUGAUUGCUGCCAUGCGAGAAGUACCAACUGUUUCGACAGCUGAUGCUGCAGUUGCUGUUGCCAAAGAAAGACUGAUUGCUACAAUGGAAGAAGUCCCAAUCUCUUCAUCAAAUCAGACGUUUAAUGAAAAACAGGAAACUGCGAAAGUGCAAUUACCCAUACCUAUGGAUACUGAUAAUGAAUAA